UCUAAGGAAGCGCAUUUCCUGCCUCCCCGGGCCAGGCUGGAUGAGCCGGGAGCUCCCCACUGCUGCCGGUCAGACCCCAGCCUCCAUCCGCAUCCACAGGCCGGGCCGGCCGCUGCCGCCACCGCCGUCCACAGAGGCCCAGCCGCCCCUCCCCGCUCAUCCUUUGGCCAGCGACCCCCGGCCCGUUCCUGCGCUCUCGUGCCCACUUCUCCUGACCCCUCGGCCGCCACCUCAGAAGGCUGGAGCAGGGACGCUGUCGCUCCAGCUGCCUGCUCCCCUUGGGUCCCCGAGAGAGCCCACGCCGGCCCCCACGCCCGUCGGCAGCCCUGCCCCUGGACACCGGAUAAGGCCCAGCACACAGACCCCAGGGUGGACAGCAUGGACCGUGGCGUGCUCCACCAGGCCAUCGCCCUGCUGCUGGCCGUCUGCAGCCUCGGCCCCACAGCAGGUCUUGCAGAAGGAGUCCAUUGCAACCUACAGCCUGUGGACCCCAAGGUGACAUACACCACGAGCCAGGUUUCUGAGGGCUGUGUGGCUCACGUCCCCAAUGCCACCAUGGGCGUCCACAUCCUCUUCUUGGAAUUCUCAAAGGAGGAGUCAACCCUGGAGCUGACUGUCCAGAUGACCAACCCAAACGGCGCCCGGCCCCAAGAGGUGCUCCUGAUCCUCAGUGUGAACAAGAAUAUCCACCUGACGUUGCAGGUUCCAGAAAUCCCACUCCACUUGGCCUACGAUUCCAAGCUGGUCUUCCUCCAAGGGGCCCCCAAAGCCGUGAUCACAGAGCUGCCACCCUCCACUACCAAGAAUCAGCUCUUCCUCUGGGCAAAUACAAAGGGCUCCAUCAUCUCUGCUGCUGAGCUGGACAAUCCCCAAAGCAUCCUCCUCCGUCUGGACCAAGCCCCGACGUCACCAUCCCGCUGCACCCUGGAACCCCGCAAGGACAUGGGCCACACGCUGGAAUGGAAGUCUCACACCCAGGCCUCGGUCCUGGGCUGCCACCUGGAAGGGGUGACUGGCCACAAGGAGGCGCACAUCCUGAGGGUCCUGCCCGGCUCAGAGGCUUGGCCCCGGACAGUGACGGUGGAGGUGGAGCUGAGCUGUGCUUUGAGGGAUCCCGAGGCAGUGCUCAUCUUGCAGGGUCCGCCCUACGUGUCCUGGCUCAUCGACGCCAACCACAACGUGAAGGCCUGGACCACUGGUGAAUACUCCUUCAAGAUCUUUCCAGGCAGUAACAUCCAAGGCGUCAACCUCCCAGACACACGCCAAGGCCUGCUGGAGGAGGCUCGGAAGCUCAACGCCAGUGUGAUAGCAUCUUUUGUAGAGCUCCCUCUGGCUAGCGUCAUCUCUCUGCAGGACGGCAGCUGUGGCAGUGGGCCGCAGCCCUCACCCACACCGGUCCAGAUCACCCCUCCCGGGGAGGGCUGCAACCAGGACCUGCUCCUGUCCCUGAUCCAGCCCAGGUGCUCCGACGACGUCAUGACUCUGGUACUCAGGAAAGAUCUCAUCUCGACUCUGGGGUGCACCAUCACGAGCCUGACCUUCUGGGACCCCAGCUGCCAGGCUGAGGACACAGAUGAUAAGUUUGUCUUGCGUGGCACCUACUCCAGCUGUGGCAUGAAAGUGGCAGAAAAUGUAGUGAUCAGCAACGAGGUGGUCAUCAACCUUCUGUCAAGCUCAUCACCACAGCGGAAACAGGUGCAGUGCAUCAACCUGGACAGCCUCUCCUUCCAGCUGGGCCUCUACCUCAGCCCGCACUUCCUCCAGGCCUCCAACACCAUCGAGCUGGGGCAACAGGGCUUUGUGCAGGUGAGCAUGUCCCCCUCCAUCCCUGAGCUCAUGACCCAGCUGGACAGCUGCCAACUGAAUCUGGGGCCUGACGUGGAAAUGGUGGACCUCAUCCAGAACCAGGAAGCCAAGAGCAGCUGUGUGAGCCUGCUGUCCCCGAGCCCUGGUGGGGACAUGCGCUUCAGCUUCCUCCUCCGUGGCUACAUAGUGCCCAUGCCCACGGCGGGCAUCCUCAGCUGCACCGUAGCCCUGCGCCCCAGGACUUGGUCCCUGGAUGUCCACAAGACUGCAUCCACACGACUGAACAUCGUCAGCCCUGGCCUGCCUGACAAAGGCCUGGUCCUGCCCGCUGUCCUGGGCAUCACCUUCGGCGCCUUCCUCAUCGGGGCCCUGCUCACCGCCGCGCUCUGGUACAUCCACUCGCACACGCGUCACCCCGGCAAGCGGGAGCCCGUGGUGGCGGUGGCUGCCCCGGCCUCCUCGGAGAGCAGUAGCACCAACCACAGCAUCGGGAGCACGCAGAGCACGCCCUGCUCCACCAGCAGCAUGGCGUAGCGCCCAGCCUGGAGCCCUGGGGGCCACCCCACCAGCCCUGGCCCAGCAGGAGAGACUGAGCAGCCGCCAGCUGGGAACCACUGGCCAUGAACUUAUCCCAGGACCCCAACCCCUCCACUCGGCCAAGGAUGGACCAUGCCCUCUGCGCCCUCCCCUCCUGCCUCCCUCUCAGAGGCCUGCUGCCAGCGAGGGCACCAGCUUGGAACAGCUUGGGGUCCCCCCACCCCACCCCACCGAACCGUCAAACCCAGUGGGCUUGGGGUACAGCUGCCCGGGACCACAGAGAAAGAGACCACUUCCCCACAUGUUCACGCUGUCGUAGCAACCCAAGGGGCUGUGAUUUAACCUGGAUUCAGCACUCACUGACCUGGGCUGGGUGGGAGUUGAAAACUUCCAAACGGACUCAGCCCAGCCCGCCCAGGCUGAUAGGCACCUCCUCCACGAGAACAGAAGAGGUCCGACCCAGAGCCACCUGGACCUGCUCCCAGCGGCCUCCCCAUCUGGACUGGCACAACUUCGGAGGGGAAACUGAAGUUUAGGGGCUCCCAGCCUGGGAGUGGGGGAGCCUAGCUCCUCCCUGUAACCGCCACACAGAGACCACCCCCCCCCUGCCCCCAGGCAGCCAGGCUGCCUGACCUGGGCCCACCCCUGUAUACUCACCACCAAUAAACCAGGCCAUGAAACCAA